CGUACGCAUGCCCCGAUCCAGCCUACGCGUUUCCCGCCCCCCGUAUAUACUCGUUCUGACAAGGCGAUAGUAAACAACCGUCGAGUCGUUCCCCCCGACCACCCGCUUGGCACCCAACUCGAACCUGAUCUUCGGCCUGCUCCACACUCACUGCAAGACGAGGGACGAUCUGCGCAACCGCAUCGCAAAGCCGCUCGCUCUGAUGUGGCCGGCGGCCCUCGGUCUCUACGAAACGAGUCCCACGUCCAAACUCCUCUCCGUCCGGUAGCCUCGACAAUUUGCCCAAGAUGUCGUCGUACAAACCACACCCCCUUCGUCAGACACAGACCGCCGACUACUCGGUUAAUAGACAAUCCUCCACCACAUCAACAUCGUCAUCGGGGUACUCGGCCUCUUCCAUAGGACAGUCGGAUAUCAGUCGGCCCAUCAGCUCCUUGUCUACCGCAACCAGCGUUUACUCCCAGUAUGGACACAAACGAGGCCAAAGCGAGGCGAGCCGGCUAUCUUCAAGCCUGUCUGGUGGCUCCCACACUCUUCCACUCACGCCGACAAGCGAUAAUAUCUACAAGAAUGCCCGCCAGUCUCUCCGACCGACGUCUCAAGCCUCUACGGGAACAGCGCCCGCCAGCAGCAGCAUAUCGAGUACGGGUUCGAGAAGUGCGCCGCGAACGCCCACACCAGGCCACCACGAACGUGGAAAAAGUGUCGACAUCAGCAGGCUCUCCAUCGGCGAGUAUGGGACCUCAACUAGCCAUCGCGAACGCGGCCAGAGUCUCGACAACGGAAAGCCUUCGGCGACUGAGCGCCCACGGAUAUCACCCACGGGCACCAUCCACGAACGUAUUUCGAGUUUCGACGCAGGAAAGACUUCGGUAAUAGAACGCCCGCGGAUAUCACCCACAGGUGCCCUCCAUGAACGUGGCUCGAGUUUCGAUGUCAGCAAGUCCUCGGCGACUGAGCGCCCACGGAUAUCGCCCACGGGUGUCCUGCACGAGCGCGGCCAUAGUAUCGAUAUCGGCAAAUUAUCGAUCAGCGAUAACACACGCACCAUGACGGGCAUGUCUCCGACCGUGACAUCGCCUCCGGUGACUUCUCCAACGACCCCUUCGACGCGAAGGCCGGCUUCCAUGUUCCUAUCCAGAUCAGAUUCUGUGCGCGGUGGAAGUGACAAUGGAUCAAUGGCUCUGGUGCACGCACACGCGAGUCCCAUUGCCCUCGCUCGUCCGGAUCUGGAAAAGUUAGGUCGUUCAUCGACAAGUCAGCUCCGAACGCUUUCCCAGUUCGCACAAGAUGGAACGGCGGGAGAGCUUGCCAUCAUAUCUCCGUCGCAGGAAGUUGUUGGUCUCCGCGGACGCCGUAGGUUGCAAAGAGCUGACAAGUCUGUAACGGCGCGUCAAAAGAACGGCGGCUUUGGUUGGGAGACGAAGUGGAUGGACAAGCAACGACAGUUUCUACAGGCUUAUGAGUACCUUUGCCACAUUGGUGAAGCGAAGGAAUGGAUUGAGGAUAUCAUACAGCGUCCGAUUCCCCCGAUUAUCGAAUUAGAGGAAGCUUUGCGAGAUGGAGUUACUUUGGCUGAAGUGGUCGAAUCCCUUAACCCUGAAAAGAAGUUCCGCAUUUUCCACCAUCCCAAGCUUCAAUACCGCCAUUCAGACAAUAUCGCCAUCUUCUUCCGUUACCUUGAUGAAGUCGAACUCCCCGACCUCUUCCGAUUUGAGCUUAUCGACUUGUACGAGAAAAAGAACAUCCCGAAAGUUAUUUACUGUCUCCAUGCGUUGAGUUGGCUCCUCUUCCGUAAAGGAAUUGUCGAUUUCCGCAUCGGGAACUUGGUCGGUCAACUUCAGUUCGAAGACCAUGAGCUGGAGGCAAUGCAGAAAGGCCUCGAUAAGCUGGGGGCUAGUAUGCCUAGCUUCGGCAAUAUGGGUGCCGAUUUUGGAAUUGAGCCAGCUGAGCCCGAGGAGACAGAGGAGGAACGCAUUGAGAGGGAACUGGCCGAAAACGAAGAGGCUAUUGUGGAGUUGCAAGCCCAGGCCAGAGCGGCGCUUCUUAGGAUACAGCUUGGUUACACUAUGCAACACCUGUGGGAUACCGAAGACUGGAUUAUUGAUCUCCAGUCUCGUAUUCGUGGUGAUUGGGCUCGCCAGGUGCUGGAUUACAGGCUCCAGAUGAAGAACUUUGCGGUCCAACUUCAGAGCGCAGCGCGUGGUUUCCUCGCCCGUCAUCGACAUGCGGAAACAGAGGCGCAAACAAGCUUCGCGAUCAAGUUGCAAAAGACAGCACGUGGCUUUAUUGCUCGUCACCAAUAUGCGCAGACAUGUUUCACGAUUCAGCUACAGAAAGCGGCGCGUGGAUACCUUGCUCGUCGCCAGCGGACACAAACCGAGGAGCAGUUUAAGGGCAACGAGGAUGUCGUCUUGAAACUCCAGAGUAUGGUCAGAGCGGCCAAGGUUCGCAACGUGAUUCGAGAGCAGCAUUCUCAGUUGGAGACGGCAGAGGGACCCCUGCGAGACAUUCAAGCGACAUUUCGAGGAUUUCUGGCCCGGAAGCAGCUCGCCGUGCAACAUGAAAAGACCGAGAGCGAAGGCGCUACGAUCGCUCAACUUCAAAGUGCGGUCCGUGGUCUGAUUUUGAGGAAGAAUCUGGAGGAAGAGAGAGCAUCCUUGGAGAGCAACACCGAAGCCAUCACUAGUCUUCAGGCUGCUGUAAGGGCCAUGCAGGCGAGGACUGAGGUCGAUGCCCAGAAACAAGCCCUUGAAGGCUUUGCGCCACAAUGGACAGCCAUCCAAGCUGCCUUCCGCGCCAAGGUUGCUAGGUCCGACGUCGAUGCCCAGAAACAAGCCCUUGAAGGCUUUGCGCCACAAUGGACAGCCAUCCAAGCUGCCUUCCGCGCCAAGGUUGCUAGGUCCGACGUCGAUGCUACCAAGGAAGAGUUGCAGAAGCAUUCAACUGAGCUGGGCCUUCUUCAGUCUCACAUCAGGGCAGCGGCAGUGCGGAGGGAGAUAUCAGAGCAGCUCGAAAGCAUUGGGGAAACGGAGGAUGCCAUCAUUGAUCUUCAGUCUAUGAUACGAGGUAUGCUUGAGCGUUUGAGGUUAUCGGACGACCUGGAUGCUCUUACCCAGGAGACACCGAGCAUCAUCGACCUUCAAGCACAUAUCCGUGGAUGUCUUUAUCGAAAGGAGUGUGGCGAAUUGUUGGAUGAGCUCGCAGUCAAUACCGAGGAGAUCACCGAACUGCAAGCCCUUGCUCGGGCAAUGUUGCUCCGGAGCGAUGUUGCAAUGAUCUUGGAUGAACUGGAACAGAACGAGGAGUCUGUGGCGGCGUUCCAGGCUGCUGCCAAGGCUUUUGUUGUCAGAGCCAAGUAUGAGGAGAAGAAGCGCUUCUUCCGGGAGAACAUGCAAAAGGUCGUCAAGAUUCAGAGUUUCGUGCGAGCUAAGCUUCAGGGUGAAGCCUACAAGAGUUUGACAUCUGGGAAGAAUCCACCCGUCAACGCCGUCAAGAACUUCGUCCAUCUUCUGAACGACAGCGACUUUGAUUUCAACGAAGAAGUAGAAUUCGAGCGGCUCCGGAAGACCGUGGUCGGGCAGGUUCGACAAAACGAGAUGCUGGAGCAGUACAUUGACCAGUUAGACAUCAAGAUUGCCCUUCUCGUCAAAAACAAGAUCACCCUCGAUGAAGUUGUCAGACAUCAGCACAACUAUGGUGGACACGCAAACAACCUUCUCGCCAACAGUGUCAUUUCGAAUGCCAACCAGUUCGACCUUAAGGCUUUGAACAAGAGUUCUCGUAAGAAGCUCGAGUCUUACCAACAGCUGUUCUUCACUCUCCAGACGCAACCCCAGUACCUUGCCAAGCUCUUCAGGCGUAUCCGCGAACAGGGGACAACGGAAAAGGAGUCAAAGCGGAUCGAACACUUGAUGAUGGGGCUGUUUGGCUAUGCGCAAAAGCGGAGAGAAGAAUAUUACUUGUUGAAGCUUAUUUCCAGGUCGAUACGGGAAGAGGUUGAGGCCUGCGCCGCUUUGCAGGAUUAUCUGAGGGGCAACUUCUUCUGGACCAAGCUGCUCCAGAACUACACUCGAUCCCCUCGCGAUAGAAAGUAUCUCAGGGAUCUCCUGGGACCCCUCAUCAGAGACAACAUCAUUGAGGAUCCCGCGCUGGAUCUCGAAAGCGACCCUAUGCAGAUCUACCGGUCUGCUAUCAACAAUGAGGAGUUGAGGACCGGUCGGCCCAGCCAAAGACCGCUCGAUGUUCCUCGUGAAGUUGCCAUCAAGGAUCCCGAAACAAGAGAGCUCUUCAUCGAUCAUUUGCGUGAUCUCCGAGAGAUCUGCGACCAGUUUCUUCUUGCCCUGGAGGACCUGCUGCCUCGCAUGCCAUAUGGCUUGAGAUUUGUAUGUCGGCAAACGUACGAAGCCCUCUGCCAGCAUUUCCAGAGGGAUCAUCCGCAAAAUCUGCUCCAGCUUGUAAGCAACUGGCUCUGGCGCUUCUACCUCCAACCUGCCCUCGUCGGUCCAGAGUCAUAUGGAGUCACGGAGAAGCAAAUGAGUCCUCUCCAGAAGCGUAACCUCGGCGAGGUUGCAAAGGUUUUGGGCCAGAUUGCAUCAGGGAGACCAUUUGGCGGAGAGAACAUCUAUCUCCAGCCUCUCAAUGUUUUCGUCGCCGAAUCAAUCGAGCGCUUGGCUCACAUCACCAAUUCCCUUAUUGAUGUACCUGACGCUGAGAAGACGUUCGAUAUUGACGAGUUCAAUGAUCUCUACGCCAAGAACAAGCCAACACUAUACAUCAAGAUGGCUGAUAUCUUUUCCAUUCACAAUCUCAUCGCUGCCGAGUUGCCUUAUCUGUGCCCGAACAGAGAUGAUAUGCUGCGCGAGAUCAUCCAAGAUCUCGGUAACGCCAAGAAUAACGAGAAUGAAAUGACCGCGGGCGGGUCUGCUGAUAUCCAGCUGUUCCUUACUCCCAAACUGCACGAUAUGGAGGAUCCAGAGGCUGAGACUAAGGGUCUGUUUAUGGAGACCAAAAGGUGCAUUCUGUACAUCAUCCGAGUGCAAACGGGUAACAACUUGCUUGAGAUUCUUGUCAAGCCAAUCACUCCGGAAGAUGAACAGAAGUGGAGGACGGUCCUGCGCGAAGACUUUGGCGACAACUCGAACACCAAGGGUGCUUAUUCGGAGGCGAACAUGAUUGAUGUUACGCGCAUGAGUUACUACGACCUGAAGAGGACAGCGCUCGAGAACAUUCUCAGGUUGGAGCAGAUGGGUCGCAUCUCCAAGCAAAACUAUUAUCAGGAUAUUCUUAACGCCAUUGCGCUGGAUAUCCGCACCAAGAGCAGGAGAAGGGUCCAGAGACAGAGAGAACUCGAGGGUGUCCGUCAGACACUCGGCAAUCUGCACGAGAAGGCAAAGUAUCUGGAGCAACAGCGCAAGAGCUACGAUGACUAUAUCGAGCAGGCCAUGGCCACGCUGCAGAACAAGAAGGGCAAGAAACGUUUCCUCCUCCCCUUCACCAAGCAAUACAACCACCAGCGCGAGCUCGAGCGCUCCGGCCGCGUCCCCAAGUUCGGCUCCUUCAAGUACUCGGCCCGCGCCCUCUCGGACAAGGGCGUGCUCGUCUCGUGGACGGGCAUCCCCGAGCGCGACUGGGGCCAGAUCAACAUCACCAUCUCGUGCGACGAGGUCGGCAUUUUUAGUCUUGAGGGUAGUCGGGGCCACAUCCAGAUGCCGGGCGCCAGCGCCUUGGUCCCCAUUGAGGACUUGCUGCAGGCGCAGUUUGAGGCGCAUCAGUUUAUGAAUUUGUUUGAGGGGCAGCUGAGGUUGAAUGUUAAUUUGUUGUUGCAUUUGUUGUAUAAGAAGUUUUAUCGGACUCAGUAAGGAGGGGUG